GGCCGAGGUGCAUGAGUUGCCUUCCGUCAGCUGUUCGUGGUCAGCGGACUUGGGCUUCCAACACUAUGGAUAUCUUAUUUCAUUGUGCCAUAGUCGUGUUUUCACUCAUUAUUUCUUCCACAUCUGCUGGGGAGUGGAGGACGCACGAUUAUGUGGUGAGGGAGCACUCCUUGGUGAAGCCUUAUCAAGGUAUGGGCACUAGCAUACCUUACUGGGACUUUCUUGGGACCACAAUGGUGACCAACAAUUACAUCAGACUAACAGGUGACAUUCAGAGCAGUGGAGCAGUGUGGAACACAGUAGGAUGUUACUUGCGGAACUGGGAAAUGCAGAUACAUUUCAAAGUCCAUGGACGAGGGAAGGACCUAUUUGGUGAUGGAUUUGCCUUUUGGUACGUGAAGGAUCCUAUGCAAGAAGGAGAGGUGUUUGGUAGCAAGGAUUACUUCAGUGGCCUGGCAGUCAUAUUGGACACCUACAGCAAUCACAAUGGACCUCAUAAUCAUGGCCACCCAUAUAUCUCUGCAAUGAUUAACAAUGGCAGCCUUCACUACGACCAUGACCGGGAUGGUACCCACACCCAGUUGAGUGCUGGCUGUGUGUCUAAAUUCAGGAACCUUGACCAUGACACAUUUAUUUCAAUUAAGUAUGUCCAUGACACACUGACAGUUUCCACAGAUAUUGACAACAAGCAGGAGUUCAGGCAGUGCUUCUCUGUGUCUGGGGUAAAGCUUCCUGUUGGUUACUUCCUGGGUGUGUCAGCAGCCACAGGUGACCUCAGUGAUACCCAUGACAUCAUCUCCCUCAAGAUGUUUGAUCUCUCCACACCUGAUGAUGACAUACUGGAGGAACGUGUCAACAUAAUGCCCUCUGCUUCAUUUUUUGAAGCUCCUAGAGAUCAUGUGGAGGAUCCAAAGCCUUCCUCCCUGAGUACUGGCAAGCAGGUGCUGCUGUUGAUAGUGGGUGUAGUCCUCAUCUGUGCCUGUGUUUUCAUAGGGGGACUCAUCUACUCCAAACAACAAGAGCAACAACGCAAGAGAUUUUACUAAGAUGUGGCUUGUAAAAUGUGUGUGUGUGUGUGUGUGUGUGUGUGUGUGUGUGUGUGUGUGUGUUUGUGUUUGUGUGUGUGUGUGUGUGCGCGCACAUGAGCGCACAUAGUUUGUUUUUUUAUUUUGAUUGCAGGUUCAUGCAUUCACUUUUUUAGCUCAAAUAAUCCUUAAUUUCAAUUUCAUCUCAUGGAAUUUAAAUUAUUUUAAAGGUAAGCACUUCUUGAGAUUACAAUUUGCAAGUGUGUAUAUUUUGGAAUGAGGCUUAGAUUGGUAGGAAGCUGUGUACAUUGGUAUGUAUAUUAGUGAGCACUUGUGAUGUAACUGGACUUUUUUUUGACAUGAGAAAUGUGUGUUGAACAUCUUUAAGUAUUAUCUGUACCUACUAAAAAAUCAGUUCUCAAAGGAAAGCAUGUAGGGCAUUAGACUCAUGAGAUGCAAAUCUUGCCAGGAUUGUUCGUUUGUUGUCCAUCAAUUCUGUAGUGUCUAAGUUUGGUUGGUAUACUGUAGACAAAGACAUUAGCCAGAUAGACCAUCCUGAGGUAAUAAGGGAAGUGGGACCUGCCUAACUCUCAUAAACCUGGACUAUCUCACUAUGGGUGCUGUGAAUAUACUAAAUAACUUCUGAUUUUUUGAUUCUCCAGUGAUUAUAGGCUUGGGCCUUGGUUUGAGAUUGUGUUGCUUAAUUUUAUUACCUGCUGGGCUAAGAAUGUCAGUUUAUUUUUGCCUAAUUAGUCAUGAGGCACCACUUGUUAUUAGAAAGACUACCAUACAACUUUAUCAGUUGGAUUUCUUGAAGGUAGUUAUUUGUUACCUGUGGUUUUCUGUCAGUCAGAUAAAAUGUGUAACUCAGGAAACAGGUUUUAAGGAAAUGGGUCAGCUUAAUAAAUAAAAAAAAAAUUAUAAUUUGAAAUUUGAGGUAUGUUUCUUCUCCACUUACAUGGUUAAAUGUAAUGGGCUUAUUUAUGAAUGGCUUGAAUUUGUUUUAGUGUUCUUUUCACUUCUUAUGAGAGGUAAUCCUUUUUGAAAUUAAGCAUUUGAAAAAAAGAAUAAAUUAAUAAAAGUAAUUAGGAAAUAGGAAUCCAGAUGAAAACAUUAAGUUCUUUUGUUAAGCAGAUAUCUCUCUCUCUCUCUCUCUCUCUCUCUCUCUCUCUCUCUCUCUCUCUCUCUCUCUCUCUCUCUCUCUCUCUCUCUCUCUCUCUCUCUUGGAUGUUCAUCUUGAGGUUCUGAAUGUCUGCACUGAUUAAUUAAUUACAUGAAACCUCUUUAGUAACAUCAUUGUUUUUUACCUGCUAUAAUAUUUUCUUUUACAUAAUGGUAUUCAGUUUGCAUACCAUACCCCACCUUUUGACUAAGGCACAUGUGCUUUCAGCCAGUAAAUCACACCUUUUAAAUAGGGCAUAUAUGUUUCUUCCGGUGCUCCAUUUUUGCCAAUGCUUUUACAGGUCUGGUAUGCUUGUGUUACAUAACACAUCUCAUUUAAUGUUUAAUCAUAAAAAUAAUGCAUACAGAAGGAAUAUGCCUAUCAAAGCAUAAUCCUUUUGUAUGUUGCAUAAUGCCAUAAGUAAACAACACAACAAAGGUAAGUGCACACUGGCACAGCAGCCCUCUAGGUGAGCUUAUGACUCCCAUGGUCUAACUGACAUCUGGUAGGGCAUACGUGAUAUUUCAGAAUGUUGAAAAGUCCAUGAAAAUCCCCUUACAAAUAUUGAAAAUCAUCAGAAUCUGGUCUUCACUGUGAACUUGCCAUAUGAAAAUUGUAUGAUCCAUAUCAAAGAUACAUGGUCGAGUCUAAAGAUAUCCGAUUUGUAAACUCAUCUCUUGUUAAGAAAUAUGUCUGACCCAGAAGCUCCAUCCUGUCACCUCAUCCUCUUGGCAGGACAGGUGAUUGGUACACUUUUGCCAUUCCCUUAUUUUUUUUAUUUUAUAUUUUCAAUGUUAAUUAAUUAGCCUUGUUCUAAUUUCUGAAAUCCCAGCCAGAGUAUUGACUCAUAAGAAAAAUUGUGGAAAUAGUAUAUUUAUUUACAUAAUUGCAUCAGUAUGGCUGUUGGUGCACCACGUCUCCAUAGGCAGAAAUUUGGCAACCUGACGGAACAUCAGCUGCAUGCAUUAUCAUGUUCCUAUAUCAUUCUUCUGAGUCUUAUGGGUUAUAUUUUCGUGUGGACUUUUUGUGUACCCUUUGGAUGACUUAUUAUAAAAUUCAUUUCUCCACAUUAGAUUGUUAGUCUUAUCAAGUUGUAUGGAUCCAAUAUGAUAUAAUGAUGCCAGGCAUAACACAAUUUUUUCAGUCAUAAGCUUUUAAGCCAGUUUUGAAGGAGCUGUCAUGUUAGUGCACACCCACCUUGAAGUUUAACAUUUAUGAUGUAAAUUAUAACAGUUUUGUAUGUGCUGUACAUUUCUUAGAAUUAGACUCGGUCUUUCAUAAGAUCUGUAGCUGAAACAUUAGCGUAUUUUUUAUAUGAUGUAAAGUACCUGUAAGUUGUUAGAAAUAUUAGCAAUUGAUUAUCAUUAAUAUGCAUAUCAGGAUAACUUGUCACAGGACAUAAUUUUGAAGAUGUCCACUUACAGAAAGUAUUUCUGUAAUGUCUCAUGAGGGAGACUCCAUUCAAAACUUUAAAAAAAAUUACAACAGAAUGCUAAGGGAUUUACAUAACACAUAAUCCUGUCCAUAAUUUGUUGUAAUAUAUAAUUUAAGAAGGAAUAACAGAAUUGAUUAUCCUGUUUGUUUUUUAUAGUGUAAUAUAUGUAAUCUAAGUAAGAAAUUGCAACAUUGAAGAUGUUCUUAUAAUAUUUUCAGUUUAGUAUGUUUAAUAUAAGAAAGCAGGAUACCCAAGAAGAAAGUAUACAUAUACUUUCAUGUAAGCCUAAUUAUUCCCACAAAUACAAAAUAGCAAAAAAAAGAGACAGGAUACUAUUGAAAGUACCAUCCCUCUAUUUAUAUAAAAAAUUAUAUAUAUAUAUAUAUAUAUAUAUAUAUAUAUAUAUAUAUAUAUAUGGGAAACUUUUUUUUUUUUAUUGGAAAAAAGAGUUUCCCAAAGUGGAGUGGUAAGUUCUCCAUUAUCAUCUUUGUAUACCACAAUAUACAAGUGUCAUGGACCCCUUUUGAGCAUCAUGGAAACAAAAGAAGUUGACCUGAGGGCAGGAUAAAUUAGCCAAGAGAGACCCUUGCUGUGGACUGAAUCUCUGAUUAGAUAGUCACUUUAAAAACAAAUCCAACACAUUGCAAAUUAACCAAAGACAAACACCACAGCCUGACUCUUGGUGGGCCAAAAAUGUGUUUCUACACACUGAAUCUAGAAAUAUGUUCAAAAUCCAUGUUUGCAUAAGAAAGAAAUUAAUGAAAAGGAUAUCAUCCAUGACAUAUGGGGCUGUAGAAUGUCAGUAUUACCUGCACUGUAAAAGGCAACAAAAAGGAGGGGAGGAUAUUGGUGAUUCUUGCAGUAAAUUUAACAUUUCAA